AUGGACGCCGAUGACGACGACGAAGCCCACAAUCUCAUCUUCCAGAAGUACGAGACCAACACCAAGACGAGGCUCGCCCUCGUCUUCGGCCAGCUCGUCACACACGCGCUGAUAUCCAUCUGCACCGAUUCCGAGUACCCAAGCACGAGGGAGGCCAUCAAGCGCCACCGUGGUCAUGUGCGCAUUGAGGAGCUGCCGUUCGAGGACUGCUACCAGGAGGCCCUCGCGCUACGGCUGGACGCCCCGGACAGGCCUGCCGAGCGCAUCAAGGCACGGGAGCAGGCGGCCAAAGCCCCGCAGGUGCACCAGCCUCGUGCUGCUCUCGUCUUGUCUCGCCGAACAUGGUGGCGACGCCCCGUGCGCGUGCUCCGCUCCUGCCUGGCGUCGUGCAAGCCCGGGCUCCUGCACCAGCUCGACUGGCCGAAUUACUUCCGCCCGUACCUGGAGGGCGGAGGGUUUAUGCAGCCCCGACUCGCCCUCAAGAUUUGCUGGGCCGAGGAGCUGCGUAUCCGCCGCGCGCUGGUCCAGCGGGAGCUGGCCGACUCUGCAGGCGCGCCUCUCAACAUGCAGGAGGCCUCGCUGGAGAACAGCGCUGCCACCAUGGUUGCAGUUGCUCGGCAUCACGCGGAAACAAUUCAGAGCAUGCGCAGGACCUUCGCCAAGGAUAUGAACACCCGUAGCCACGCCUUCACGGCAGAGAUGACGUGCAAGAUCGCCCGACUCGAGAGCGUUGUGGCCAACGCGGCUUUCCGGUCGAACACCAAAACGGUCAUGAAGGAUGGCAUUCCCAACCUUCCGAUUUCCGAGUGGAUUGUCAUGUCCUGCCUGGAGCUCACCUCCCAGACCCCCGUGGAGUCCGCCAGGCCGUUCGCAGCGAGAGAGACGAACCCAACGAAGUUCGCGAUGCCCACUACGACCUACGAGGAGUCGCUCCCCCUCGGCGCAUUCGGUGCCCUCGCUGGCCUGCGCAUGCUCGUACGCAGCCCUGUCACGGGUGAGGAGUGCAGGCGGCAAGUAGCAGACGUGAUUCGCAACUUCCUUUGCUUCUCGUGGUCGGCCCAGCUCUGCACCAAGUCAGCCAGGGAGUUGGGCAGGCCCUGGUCGGGGAACGAAGGUUUGCACACAGACGCCACGUGCGACCACAGGGAGCCAGCGAAUUGGUCCACGCAGCAGCCGCCGCCCGAGCAGAACGGGGUGCCCGGGCGCCCGGCGGUGGCCGCACGGGCGAUGCAGGCCAAUCCGAAGGUGGCGCACAUACAGCGCUUGAUGGCAGGCCUGCCAGGCUGGCGCGCAUGUGCGCUGAUCGCUGCUGCAGUGUCGGCGCUGGGCGCGCUCCCGCUCGGCACGGGCGCCUGCUUCGGCGUCCUCCAGCCGCCGGCGCGCCACCGGGGGCCCUUCGUGGGCCGCGCGCCCGCUCGCCGCGGCGCAGCGGCGCGGCCGUCCGAGAGGGCGGGCGGCGUGGCGGCCGGCGCUGCGGGCGAAGGCAUCGGCGAGCGCGCGGACAGCAGCCCGCGGUGGCCCCUGGCGGCGGCCGCGGCCGGGUGCCUCGCGGCCCUGCGGAAGCUGGCGGGCCACCGCCUGCGGCAGCCGGCGAAGAGGUCGCAGAGCCCGACGGCGGAGAUCGCCUUCGCGGUGGCCAUCUACGGCACGAUCCGGGCCGCGGUGGGCAGCUACCACCGGGCCACGGAGAACUGGGCCCUGCGCGAGGACCUGUUCCAGGAGAUGGCAGUGGUGCGCACUUACCAGAACUCCGUCGGGCCAUGGAUCACGUCAGGCUUGAUCGCGCUGGCCUUCAGCGUUCUGGUCGUUGUGGGCAUCAAGGCGUUCAUCAAGUCCAUGAAGGAGUGGGAGCAGCGGAAGGAGAUCGAGGAGAUGAACGCCAUGGGCACCGAAGAUGCCUUGUUCUUGAUGUCGACACCAGUUGAUGCAACGCCGCUGGAGAAGAAGAAGGAGAGGAUGAGGAAGCGGCUGACGCCUCUGCACCAGCGCAUCCUUGGCAACGUCAUGGACAAGCUGUGGCUGCUGCGCGUGGGCGCCUGCGUCGGCUACCUGCUGCCGCUGCUGAACGUGCUGGAUUUCGGCGAGAUCGCGGUGUCACUUUAUCCCUACGCCAUGGGGGUACCGCCUAGCGAGCCGAUUGUUAACUUCAUGCAGACCAAGCUGGGGAUGAAAUACCUGUACAAUGCGUACCUAAAAUCGGGAUACUACUUCCUGAUCGUGUGGUUUGUUUUCAUCCAGCUCGCCGUGCGCAACAAGGCCGCUCCCUUCUACGUGCGCUUCCACUCGUCGCAGGCCAUCCUCAUCUCGAUGCUGCUCGGAGUGCCUCAGCAGGUCUUCUUCGCGGUGCUGAACCCUUGGGAGUCGGGCCUUAUGGUUCAGAAGUUCAUGUACCACAGUAUGAACUCGAUCUUCCUGUUCAUCCUGGUGUUGGUCCUGUGGUGCUGCGCGAAUGCUCUGCUGAAGAGAACGAUGAAGGAUCUCGAUAUUUCUCUCAUGCCUCUGGUGUCGGAGGCUGCUGUCAUGUGGGCUGGCAAGGAGUAG